AUGUUCUUCAAGCUCCAGUCUCUCGCACUGAUCUUUCUCGGCUUCAAUGCCUAUGCUUCUCCGCUGGCAGAGCCUAAUGAGGUUCAUAUCUCGGAACGAGGUGCAGGGUUGAAUAGCUUUUUGAAUCUUCUUCUUAGCUAUCUACCAGCUAUAGAUACAUCCGUUACCGAUGCAACCGGGAUAAUCACCGAUUUUGACAACCUUCUCGGAGCUUUAACGGGCGCUCAAGAGACAUACAAUGAGUUGGGAAGAUCUUGCACUGAAUGGACUGUUAUAUUUGCUCGUGGCACAGCAGAACCAGGCAAUGUCGGCGUUUUGGUCGGGCCUCCAUUGUUCGAUGCCUUGGAUGACAAAUUCGGAUCUUCUGCAAUUACCAUCCAAGGUGUGAAUGACUAUUCAGCCUCAGUUCAAGGUUACUUGGCAGGAGGAGACUCAAAUGGAAGCGCGGAGAUGGCACGCCAAAUCAGGGCCGCAAAGUCCCAAUGCCCUCACACAAAGCUGAUCGCAUCGGGCUACUCCCAGGGUUGUCAGAUUGUUCAUAAAGCAAUUGCACAGCUUGAUUCCGCUACAGCCAGCUGGAUUUCCAGUGUUCUUCUCUUUGGAGAUCCGCUGAAAGGACAAGCCCUGAACAGUGUUCCUUCAUCCAGAGUUUUCACUGCAUGCCACGCUCUUGAUGAUAUUUGUAAAAACGGCAUUCUUAUUGGUCCCUCCCAUUUGACCUAUGCCGUGGAUGUUGUUAAUGCUGUCAACUUUGCUGCGGCUCAUUAG